AUGUAUAAAAAUAUCCUUUUACUAAGCUUAGUUGGCCUGGUUGCUAGCACCUAAAAGCUGACCAUAGAUUCAGCGACAAGAUCUUUUAGGGAUGAGUAUGGUAGAACUAGAAUAUUCCACGGUACAAAUGUUGUGGUUAAAGGCUUCCCAUAUUUACCUUAAUAAGAUGUUUUCCAUCCACAUUUAUCACUUAGUGAUAAGGAUUUAUAAGACAUGGUUGAUUGGGGAAUGACCCUUGUAAGAUUGGGAGUAAUGUGGGAAUCAGUAGAAGUUGCACCAAGAUAAUACAAUAUGACUUAUCUUGAUGAGGUAGACAAAUUGAUCAACAGAAUGGGAGAAAAAGGAAUUUAUACUAUGGUAGACGCGCACUAAGAUUUAUUCUCGAGAGCUACUUGUGGAGAGGGAAUGCCUUCUUUCUAUGCCACUGAGCUUGACAAUUAGUGUCCAAUGAACAUCCCAGGUUAAUUGUUUAAGCUUUUUGGAGAAUGCAAAUCUCUUGAUGAUUAUGGUAUUAGAAAAGACGAGAAAGGUUGGAGAAAUUUGGAUGAUUGCUUAAAAACCACCUUUAUUAAAUACUACACCUCUCCAGAAGUCUGUUCUUCUUUCGAAGGUCUCUAUCAAAAUAAAAACGGUAUUUAAGAUAGAUUUGUUGAUUUCUGGGAUGUUGUCUCUAAGAAAUUUGCAACCAACUAGUAUGUUGUUGGAUAUGAUCCAAUUAAUGAACCCUGGCCUGCUAAUUUUUACAAGGAAUUUUCCCUUUUCUAUAGACAAACUAAAUUUGAUACAGAAUACUUGUUUCCAAUGCUUUAAAGAUUAAGCAAAGCAAUCAGAUAGAACGACUAAGAGAAAAUUGUUUUCUUUGAACCAGCAUAAUUCCCAGAUACUUUCCCAUUAUUUGGAGGUAUAGUAGCAAGUAUUGGAUUCUAAGAGACACCAGGUGGCAAAGAUUAGGUCCAUAUGGAAACUCUUAAUGAUCACACCUAUUGCUGCUAAUCAGAUCCAAACAUUUGUGAUUCAGGUGAACCCCCACUAGCUAAGAAAGAUGUUUGCAAGGCAUUCCAUGUUAGCAAGGUUCAAAAGAGAAAUCAGGAUGCUUAAAGACUUGGAGUUCCAAUGUUCUUCACGGAAUUCGGAGCUUGUGCCAAUACUGAGUCAUGCUUCCAUGAAAUUACUUCAGCAGCAGAAUAAUUUGAUAAAUACCUUGGUUCUUGGGCUUAUUGGAUGUUUAAGGGUUUUGGAGACUUCACAACUACUGGUAAAAUGACUGAAGGGAUGUAUGAUGAAAGCGGCAAUAUAUAAAUGUACAAAAUGCUAGCACUCCAAAGAUCAUUCUUGCAUUCUAUUUAAGGAGUUCCAACUUCAAUGCAAUUUUUUACAGAUGCUGAUCUUAAUGGGACGUUUAUUGCCAAUUAUACUCUAAAUACAUCAAUUUAAGCUCCAACAGAAGUCUUCUUCAAUCAAGAAGUAUACUAUUCAUAAGGAUAUAAGCUUUCAGUUCUUUUAAAUAAUUCUCCAGUCAACGAUCUUUAAAUUGAUACAACUCAGAAAAACUAUAUUAGAUUAUUCACCAAUAAUUCUGAUCAUAAUGGCAAAACAGUGAGCAUUCUUUUGACCAAAAAAUCAUAAAAUAAUGUCAUCACAUUGUAAUCUGAUGACUAAUCAAUUGAAGCAAAUAUUAAUCUUGAAGACUAAGUUGAAGGAUUGAAUGGAUUCACAUACUUUGAAGUUGCUAUUGGCACAAAUACAGAUAAGAAAAUUACCUUUAAUUUGUAUGAUGCUGAUGGAGAUCUCAUAUGUGAAGGCUCAUCAAAUUAUCAUGAAUGCUUUACUUAUAAUCAUCUUGGCUAUAAGACAACUUUGAAGCUUCAAACUCCUGGAUGGCUUGGAGAAAAAACUAUUAUGUCUAGAGAAUUGAAUAACCUCAAUGGGCAUAUAGUCAAAAUUAAUAUCUCAGAACUUCAUAAGGCUGAGAUUUAAUGA